GGACAAAGUUCCGAACUUUGGUUGAGUAGGAGACAUAUGAUGGUUUGCAUCCAUUUUCUUCUCGCGUAGCAAAACCAAGAAUGUCAUGGAUAGGCGGAAGUUUAUCAAACCUGACGGGUCAGCUGUCCAACUUGACCAAAGAUAUUUUGACAGAGGGUACAGAAGAGAUUAGUGAUCAUGCUACAGAGCUGAGGAUUGCACAGGAAAAGAUUACAGAGUGCCAGACAAUUAUUACAGCACAGAAAAAUGAGAGUGUUCGACUUAAACAGAUCAUCCAUGAACUGGAAGAGAAAGCUGAGACUUCCGAGCUUCAGAUCAAUAGUAUAUCAGCACAAUACCGAGGAGUAUUGGCGGAGAAGGAGAAAGAGAUAAAUGCACUUAAGCAAUCACAGCAGGAAGCUUUUCAGCAUCAGCAACUUUCAACACCAUCAGACUAUGGAGGUCAUACAGAGCGAGCAGACUCCACAGGGUACCAUGGCAGUUUUGUGUCGGACGACCUUGACUUUGGUGACAACAUUGGCAUGCAGCAUGAGAUUAAUCGUCUCACACAAGAAGCCCAGCGUCUACGAUCUGAAUGCCAGCAUUGGAAGACAGUAGCACAGUCCAAUAAUUCCGAAAAGCAAGGUCAGCAGAAUUUGAAUGGGACAACCUCUGAUGUUCUGGAAUUGAAAAGGCAGUUAAAGGAGUUAGAAGAGCAGCUUCGUCAUGGCAAGGAGCAGCAACAACAAGAAGUGGCCUGUGUGCAGGAUGUAUACAAACAGAAGCUCAAUGACCUUCGUAAGAAGUUCAAGGCCGAGAUCACGGAUAAAGAAGACACCAUUCUUGACCUCCAGACAAAACUUCAGUCAUAUAAAAGUUCUGUAACAGACAAAUCAGGACCUCCUGAAGGUUUGUCUCAAGAUGCUGUAUCUUUGAAGAUACAAGUAGAGAGUUUGGAAAAGGAGAAAGCAGAUCACCUAGCUCAGAUUGAGGGACUCACAAAUCAAGUCAAACAGCUUGGGGAUGAUUUGAAGAUCUCGCAGACACAUCGAGAGAAAGAUGUUGUCCAGUUGCAGCAAACCAUCCGAGAUCGAGAGACUGAUAUAGCAGCUCUACGGACAGAAUAUGAGAAGGUGUGCAGCAGUUUGCAUAACACUAAAUACCAUCUUCUGGACCAGUUGGAUGCAAAUCAUGCCCAGGCACUAGAGUUGCUAGGAGAUCUUCAAGAGGUGAGAAGAGUUAUAGGCUCUGAGGCAAGGAUACACAGACAGAGAGUGGCCAAGGAAAAGCAGGAGUUGGUCAACCAGAUCAUACAAUCUAGUAACAAGCAACGUAACCUGAAAGACUGUGUGGCUGUUCUUCAAGAGGAACAAGAGGCUGUUAGCACAGAAACUAGUGAGAUGCUGACAGACUUGGGUCAUACAGAUCACCAAAAGCUCACAGCAGGUAUCAUUGACACUAUGGAACAUGAAAACCUGAUUCUAAAGAAGAAGUCAGUAGAACAACAAGAGCAGAUAACUCUAUUGGAAAAAGCAUUACAGACUGUAAGCGUGGAGAGACAACGAUCUGAUAGUGGAAUGCAAUCAUCUUCUGAUCAAGACCAGCUUUCUAUUACAUCAGAAAUGUCUGAACUCUCACAGCGAAACAAACAGCUAGAUGAACAGGUAGCUUUGCUGCAGAAGCAGAUCAGCCAAUAUGAACUGGACAUUGAACAGUUUGAGGUGGUCAAGUCUGACUGGCAGUCAGAAAAGGAGGCUCUUGAGGAUGUGUUGAUAAAUCUGAAGGAGGAACUGCGUGAUAAGGAAAACGCCCUCAACAUUCUUCAGGCACAAAAAGGCUUAGCUGAAGCUGAAAGGAGGGGCAGGAAGGCCCAAGAGACUGAGGGUCACCGUAAAGAUGUGGCAUCUGAAGAGGAAACUAAUCUUGAAUCAGAUGAACUGAUUGCAAUGGAGAAGAUUUUAGUAGUGAAAGACAACCAAAUAGCAGAGAUGACUGUGGAGAAGGAAAGUCUUGAGGCCCACAUACAGGAGCUGACUGUUCAGCAUCAGCAGCGGAUACAGGAAGUGGAACUGACCGCCCAACAGCAGCUUAACACCAGUGUGGAUAAAGUGUCACACUUGCAGCAAGAUCUACAGCAGCUGCAACUCGACAAAAGUACAUUGGAGACCAAACUAACAGAGACAAAGAAGACUGUCGACAGUGUGACAGCUAUCCAGGAACAACUAGAUGCCAGUCUGUGUGAGGUUUCACUUCUCAAAUCUCAAGUCCAGGAAAAGGAUGACCAGCUGGCAGAAGCUCAGACAGAAAAAACUGAACUGGAGACUAGCCUUGUGGAACUGGAUGCCCAGAACCAGGAAGCUAUGGACCAACUCAUUCGUAUACGUGAUGACCUAGUCCAACAACUGGAGCAGGCCCGUACACAAGGCAAAAGUGCAGUCGAAGAAAGGAAAAGUCUGUCACAACAGUUAGAGGAAGCAAAACACAGACUGGAAGAAAGUGUAAGGACAUGUCAAGACCUUCAACAGCAGUUGGGUGGUAUAAAAGAUCAGCCAGAGUUUAAAGGGGAAAGUUCAUCAGAUGAGGUUGAGAAUUUAACCCAAGUAAAAGAUGAUCUUAUUGAACUAGUCAAAGAAGUUCGAGGUCAGGUUCAGGAGAAGGAAGAGAUCAUUCAAAGGUUAGAGAACCAGUUGGAGGAGGCGCAGUGGCAGACACAGGAGAAAGAGGAACAGAUUUCUAAUCUUCAGCAACAACUUGCAUCCCUGCGGGAAUGGGAGGGCAUGGACGACCAGUCUGAUAUAGAUCUUAAUGAUCUUAAAGAUAAAAACUUGACUCUUGAAAAUGAUGUGAAGCGAUUAAAACAGUCCUUACUUGAACUUCAACAAAUCUGUGAUAAAAAAGACAAUGAAAUUAAAGAUGUGAAACAGAAAUUACAGAGUGGUGCAUUAGCAGUAAAUGACCUCCAUAUGGAUAAAAAGGAUUUGGAGGAGAGUCUUAAGAAAAGUGAACAAGCAAUAUCUAAAAAGGUAGAAACAAUCAGUACUCUCAGAAAAUCCAAUGUUGAGCUACAAAGUAAGAUAAGUGAUCUGGAGGUCAGACUACAUUCUUCACAGCAAUCUUAUGAAUCUCUUCAGAAGGAGGCUGGUGGAAAUUCAGAAACGGAUGUUCUGAGGGAACGUUUAAGGUCUUCAGAUGAGAAAAUUUCUUCGCUUAAAAUGAACAUUGACACUUAUAAUCAGAAACUUGAAGAGUUAAAUACAAAUUUAGAGGAUUCAUCGAAGGCUAAUGCAGACUGUACAAAGAUAUUAUCUGAAGAAAGAGAGGGGUUUAAAACUGAAAUUUCAAAGUCUUCUAAGAAGAUUGACGAGUUAGAACAGAAAUUGGAAGCUCUUCAAUUAGAAAAGGAGUCACUAGAAAAAGAACUUAGUUUAACUCAAUUCACAUUUGAUAGUAAGAUUAAAGACCUGGAGGAUUAUGUAACGGAGCUGAAGAAGGAACGUGAAUUGGACUCUUCUUCUCUAGACACAGAGCGUCAACGACUUAUGGAGGCCUGUCACCAGAAGGAUGUGGAAACCACAGGGCUGCAAGAUAAAGUGGAACGUCUUAAAGGUGAGGUUGCAAAUCUCGGUAAACAGAUGGAAUCAGCUACGGAAAGCAACAAACAACUGUCAGACCUUCUUGAGGAAAAAGAAAGCAAUAUUGUGACACUAAGACAGGAAAAAUCCCUACUAGAAGAGGAGCAGCUUGCUUCUGUAGCCAAGAUCAGGGAACAGGAAUUAAUGCUGGGAAAUUUACAAAGUCUGGAGGAUAGUUUACAUUCAUUACAGAAGGAAAACAGUGACCUCAUGUCAGAAUUACAGUCAAAAGAUAAAAAUGUUGACUCAAGUCUACUAGAUGUUGUUACAGAUCUGGAAGCUGAGCUCUACACAGCCAAACAGAGGGUAACUGAAUUAGAGUUAGAAAUAGCUGAAUACCAAAAUCAGGUCAAGGUUACCAGUUUUGUAGAAAAUGAAUCAGCAUUUAGUCGUGAGCAAGUCACACAGAUGGAGGAAGAAUUAACCAUGUAUAAACAGAAUAUUUCUUUACGUGAUGAUAAAAUCAGGGAGCUGCUGGAAACUAUAACUGAAAAAGACUCAGAAAUCUGUCAACUAAGUAAGCAGAUGAAGAUAGCAUUAUCUCAGGAAAGUAAAGUGAAGAUGGACGGAAGCCAGGAAUAUCCUGAUAAGAGUGAGACAGAGGUUAAUGAGGACGUUGUUGUGAAAUCCUCUGCCCACACACUGACAAUGUACAAUGGCAAUGUGCGGGAGGAGGAUUGGUCAGGAGAGGAAAGUAAGGUAGUAGAGGAAAUGGAACAGCUACAGAAUCUUAUACAAGAGAAAGAUAAAGUUAUACGAGAGUUACAGCUCAACAACACCUCCUUACUGAAAAUGAUGGAUAACAAGGCUGCAAAGGGGGAACAUAAUGUUCUGGAUGUACACAGACUGGAGAAUGAAGUCAGAGCACUAAAGAUGGAAAGGGAGCAGAUUUUGGCUGUGAUGAACGAGAAGUCACGGGAAUGUAGUAACCAAAAAAGUGAAGUUCAUCGUCUCAUGAAUAUCAUAUCAGCAGAGAAAGUGGCUCUAGACAAGCUAACUACAGACAACCAAGAGUUAAAACAGAAAAAGGACAGUCCUCUGGAAGAUAUGCACAAAGAAGCACUACAGAACCUGUCCAGACUUGUUAGGGAUAGGGAUUUAGAGGUAGAGGCUCUUAAACAGAAGAAUCAGACCCUACUACAGGUUCUACAGGAGUCAUCUGGAGGAGGCAUGGAGGUCAGCAAUCUAAUGCAGGACAAGGAUAACUUAAGUAAGCAACUAGCUGCCCUACAAGCAGAGAGAGAGCAAAUGGUCACUUAUGUCAAUCAAAAACAUCAGGAGAGUCUUGCCUACCAUAAUGAGAUCCAGCGACUUACCAGCUAUAUGAACUCAGAAUCAGAAAAGUAUACACAAAUGCAACAAGACUUUGAUAAAUUGAAACCCCAAUUUGAAGACAAAAAACAAGCUUUGUUAAAAAUUCAGAAUGAGUUAAUUAACUACAAGCAGAAAUACCAAGAACUUGAGGUGAAACAUGGAGAGCUGCUUCAGAGAUCAAAUGCAUCAGAGAUGGUAGAUCUGUCAUCAUACAAUAGCCGUGUAGAGGAGGUAAAGUCUCUACAGGAUAAACAUCAGGAAAUGAUAGAAAUCCUGAAAGACAGGGACAGUAAAAUCCAAUCACUGCAUCAACAGUGUGUAGAAUCAAAGGAGAGUGUCGCCUGCAAGGAAACAGAGCUCAUAGGUGUCCGUAAACAGGUUGACAGUUUGACAUUCCAGAUCAUGGGACUCCAAACUGAGGUAGAGGACAUCAAUGUCCAAAGGUCAUCUUUCCAACGAAGUUCACAGGAACAAGCUACCCAGAUUCAGUUAUUGAAGGAAGCAAAUAGUCAGUUAACAUUGUCUCUACAGCAGAGGGAAUUUCAGUUAAAGAGCGUUGAAGAAAAGAGUCAGACACUCACAGCUAUUGUACAGGACCAGCAGAAAGGCACAGACCAACAGGAACAAGUUGACCGUCUCAUACAGGAAAAUGAGGCUACGCUAUCCCAGGCCAGGCAAUUGCAGACCGAACGCGACCAGGCCAUGAUGGUGGUAUCCCAACAUCAACAGUCUAUACUCCAACUGCAAAGGGAGGUUGCUUCAACAAAGGAAAGAGAAGCUAAGGCCUUAAGAGAGCUGGAGAGACUCAAGGCACACUUGAUACAGGUUGAAGAAAGUUACACAAAGGAAGCUCUAGAUUCAGAAGAAAGGGAGAAAGAUCUCAGAAACCGACUAGCAGGGGCAGAAGAAUCACUGCUGUCAUCAACUUCAGCAGUAGAGAAUGCAAGCCAGCAAGCCAGUCUACAGGUGGACAGUCUCCAGCAGCAGCUGAUGUCAGCAGCUACACAGCGAGACCAGGCCUAUUUACAAAUCUCUUCCCUACAAGAUCAAUGUCAGCAGUACAGCAUGUCCCUUGCCAACCUACAGAUGGUCCUGGAGCAGUUUCAGCAAGAAAAGGAAGCUUUAGUGGCCACAGAGGUGGAGCGAUACCAAAGGGAAAACUCUUCACUCCAGGAUUGUAUGGAACAGCUGCAGAAAGAAUUAGUGCAAACCAAGGAGAGUCUUUCAGAGGCAGAGGAUGGGCUGGAAGCAGCUUCUCGUCUUAUGGAACAACUUGACAGGAAGGAAGAAGCUCUGGCAGCCCUGAAAGAAGAAGUUCAGCUGCGGGAGACUGCACUGAAGGCUGCUGAAGAUCAGAUAUCAGAACUACGAACUGUGCGCGAGUCUAAAGUUGAAAAGGUUGUGAUAAAGAACUUAUUCCUGGGUUACUUUACGACGCCAAAGGGUCAACAGCAGCAAGUCCUCAAGGCAAUCGGAGGAGUUUUGGGGUUCACACCCACAGACUAUGAAAAGAUAAGUAAUUUGAACACAAGCUGGAUGCCAGGGUUCUUAAGGUUUGGUGGAGGCUCUUCCUCCCCACUUGCCUCACCUGUCCAUACACCUCAGAGAUUCAACCAAUCGACACCAAGGGCUGAUAAGUCAUUUUCCGAGUUGUUUGUAAAGUUCUUGGAAAAAGAAUCAUCACCUCCCCCUCCAAGUUUGCGUCUGCCUGCAGAAGAGAUGGUCCUUGAUGUACAGAGAAACAAGGACAAGCCAGCCUACAAUCCGUUCACAGCUCCCCGGCAUGUGGCCAUGCCUGGUCAGGCAGGGACUAAUGCUGCUUCUCAUGACUCCCAUAUCCUCAUGUCCUCUGCUCCAAUGUCCCCAACAUUAGCUGUGUUCACGCCAGUAACAGCACAUACAACACCCAUUAACACUUCAAGUGAAAUUCUAAAAGAUGUUCUCUCAGCUAGAUAGCGAAGCAUCAUGAUAUAAUGUGCCAAUCUUAAUGAAAACCUUUUUUUCCUUCAAUUGAAUUUUUCUAGUACCUUGCCUUAGAAGCAAAUCUGUAAGAGACCAGAAUAUUUAUUGUUGUGGAUAUGGAAAUUUUAUUUCUAUAAAAAACAUAUCAGAAUUUUGGUUUUACAGAAACAAGCAUUACACUAUAUAUAUAUAUACAGAAUCUGGUCAACAGUUUAAUACUGAACAAUUUCAGAACUGUGCAAUGAUGAAAUAAACAGGAAAAGUUAUUAAAACUUUUCAUUGUGAUGUGUCUGGAUUGUCGCCAUUAUUUCCAUUUCAGCUGGGAACAAUUUUUUUGCAUGGAUAAAUGUUUCGUGAAUGUUUGUAAGUUAAAAAGUUUGAAGUGUGUAAGAUACAUUGUCAUUGUUAACAUGGUUGAUAGAGCAUUCAUCGUCAUGUACCUGGUAGUAAAUCUACAGUCUGUAAAUAAAUACUGUAAACAAAUAUAGGUAUUGUGUAUCAACUCAAUAAGUACAUUUUAGAGUAAAUAAAUUAUUAAAAAUUUUGUGUACCAGUAAAUGGUAUCUAAAACGUACGAAUAGGAAAUGAAGUUAUGAACUUAUGUAUGUAUAGGCCUAUUAUAUAAUGUGCAACAGUAAAUUAUCACAUUGUUAUUUUCAGUCUAACACUCAAUAUGUCCAGUAUGAAGUUUUACUCUGCUUAUAAAAAGCAAGUGCUCUAGGUUUUCGUUUGGUAUGUAGAACUUUCUGUUUUGUGAGACUUACAUCAACUACCAAAAGUUAGCUGGAUCUACUUUGUCACAUCUUUUAGAAUUAUUUAUUUUAAUUCAUUUAGAUAUGAUUUAUUGUAAUGAUUUCAAUUGGCAUUAAAAUAUAUCUGAUUAUGAAUUGUAUAGGUUGGGAAGAAAGGGAUACAAGUACACUGUGAUCUGUAGAGGUUGAACAUAUGUUGUGUAUGUACGAGGUAUACAUGUACAUGUGAUUUUAACAGCUACUGGAGAGAGAUUAUAAAAAAUGGUUAUAAAACAA